AUGAGCAUAUUAUGGAUAUUUAUAAGAAUAUAUACAACUCUUAUAUUGUUCAACCAUGUAAUUGGUAAAUAUGAAUUGAGUUUAAAUCAUUUUUUUCAAAAUAAAAUACAUAUAAAUAGUAGAAAAAAGAACAAUAAUUAUCUAUAUUAUUUUUAUAAUAUAAAGAAAAAAUAUUCUGUAAAAAAUAAUACUAAAAAUUUUAAUGAAAAAUGUUUCAUAGAAAAUAGUAUUCUAAAAAAAGUAUGCAUAUUAAAUCGUAUAAGUAAGAAAACAAAAUGUAAAGAAUUUUAUUUCAAUUAUAAAUGUAGAAAAAAUAAUUUUCAUCAUAAUAAUUAUAUUAAAUAUGAAAAAGAUAAUAAUUUUGAUAAAUCAGCCAGCUUACCAAAUGAGGAUAAUAGCAAAGCAUAUACAAAUAAAAAAAAUAAAGCAGAAAAAAAUAUUGUAGAAAGCAAUAUUCAAUUAGUUCCAUCAAGCAAAGAUGAAUUAAAAGAAAAUUGUGUAACAAAUGAAAGAUUAAUCUCUGAUAAAGAAAAUGUAUAUUUAGACAAUAAAAAAUUAAAUGAAAACAAUAUAAGAGAAGAUAAUAAGCAAAAUGAACAAAAUAUAAAUGAUGAAGAAAAUAGCAAGAAUGCCAUUUCUGAUAAAAAUAAUACAAUAACAAGUGACAAUAAUCAAAAAAAUAACGAGAAUUUCGAAAAAGCAAUGAAAAGGGCUGAAAAUUAUAUAAAAGGAAAAGAAGAUGAUAUAAUUCAAAAAAGAGAAGAAAGCAAAAAAAAAAUGGUUAUAAAAAAUAUGAAAGAAGAGGAAGAUGUUUUUUCAGAUAAAUUAUUGGAUUUACGUAUGUAUGAUAUAUUAAAGUAUGUAUAUAAAGACAAUAUUUAUAGUUGUUCAAAAAAUUUAGUGGAUGUUAUAUUUAAAUGGAUGAAAAAUACGUAUAUAAGUUUUUUAAAAAGUAAUGAAAAAAAAAAAAAAAAAAAAGGAGAAGAAGAUAUAAGAGAAAGGGAUAUUUCUAAUGAUUAUGAUAAAUAUAGAAAGGAGAAAUAUUUAAAUAAUUUUUUUUUUGAUAAAUCUGAUGAAAAUGAUAAAAAUGUAAGAAAUGAAAUAGAAACAUUAAAGUUAUAUAAUAAAAAAAAUUUAAGUAAAUAUUUUUUUUCAUUUAAUAAAGGAAAUAUAUUGAAGCAAUUAGUUACUGAAGGAGAAGAUGAAUUAAUUGAAGAUAAAAAAAAAGAAAAAAAUAUAUGUGAUGAGAGUGAUAAAAAAUAUGAUAAAAAAAUAGAAAAAAUUUUGUCACAUCAUAUAUUUAAUUCAGAUGAAAAUUAUUAUAUUGAUAAAAAUAGAUACAUGAAAUCAAAUGUAACUGUUGAGUUCAAUAUUUAUGAUACAUAUAGCGAUACAGUAAUACUAAACAAUAAAAAAACCAAUUCUACUAUGUUGGAAUUUCCUCUUAUAUAUAGUCAUCAUAUAAUACAAAAAUGCAUCCUAACUAUGAAAAAAUUAGAAAAAUCUAUUUUUUACAUUAAGAACAAUUUAUUAUUUAAAAAUUUUUCAUAUCCAGAAGAACCAGCAAAUAAUGAAGAGAAGAGUAUUUAUGAUGUCAUAACAAAUGAAAAUUGGAUAAAAAUGGAAAUAUAUUUAUGUAAUAUAUAUGGUAUGAAUGAAAAUUGGAUUGGUAUAACACCUGAAAUGUUUUCAGAUGAAGAAAAAUCAGGAAACUUUUUAAAAGAGUAUUCUAUAGAUUCUUCUAACAAUUUAAUAAAUUUAACAAGUAAUGAAAAUACAGUUAUUCCUAACAUAGAAGAAUCAAAUAGAAAGGAUAACACUGAAAAAGAAGAUAGUAAAAAUAUAAAUGAAAAAGAAUUAGAUACUAAAAAUGCAGCGAUAAAAGAAACAGAAAAUAAACUAUCAAGUAAUAAUAAAAAUAGUUUAACAGAAAUUCUUGGUAAUAAAAAUGAAAGUGAUAAAACAGAACGUUUCGAUAUAAGUAAUGAGAAAAACAAUGAAAAAAUUAAUAAAAGAAGAGAAGAAAUAAUAAGGAGAUCUGAAGAAUAUGAGAAAAAAAAAGAACUAGAUAUAAAAACUGAUUUUUUAUUAAAGAAAUUAGAAAAUGAAAUGAAAUAUAAUCCAAAUCAUUACAUGUGGGAUGAUUUAUAUCCUCAAUUAAAUGCACAUCAUAAAAAGAAAACAGAUAAAUAUUUUGAUGAUCUGAAGAAAGAAAUGAGUGAAAACAAAUAUAGUAGAGGUUAUACGGAAAAUAUAAAAAAAAAACAAAGUUUAAAAGGAUAUGAUUUAGGAGAAACAAUAGAAGGAAUAACCAAAUAUUAUAUAUGGAAAGAAAAUAUACAUAGUUUUUCCUUAUAUUUUCCACUACGUCCAUAUGUUAAGAAAAAUGAUAUUUUUGUUGAUAUUGAUAAUAAUUUUUUUUUUCUUUCUAUUUUUAAUCACACAAUUAUCAAAGAUUUUUUUAGUAACCCAAUUAAUUCCUCUGAUUCUGUGUGGUUGUUAAGUGAUAACGAAAAUAAGGAAAAUGCGCAAAGAAAAAAUAAAUCAGAAUAUCCAGUUUAUGAGAUUAAUAAUUCAGACGAUCAUGAUAUUCAAAAAAUUCAAAAAACACAAUAUUGCCUAAUAUAUAACAUUUAUAAAGACAGUAACCAUAAAUAUAUGUGGGGAUCUAUAUUUAAAAAAUCAUAA